AUGGCGCCACCGGCCGACCGCGUCGCUAGCAUCAUGCUGUCGUGGCACUCGCUGAAGCUCGUCUCUUGCACCACCCUGCAGACCUUGUGGGCAGGUUAUGGACAAAUCUGUGCCAUUACUGCCAAGGCCUCCACCGAAGAAGCAGCAAAGCAUAUGGACAAGCUUUGCGGGAUGGAAAAGGGAGCCGCUGGGUCAAUUUAUCCUCUCAUCCUGAAGCUCAUCUCGCCCCCAAACAAAAGCGGCGGCAAACAAGAUGAAGGACACCUUCGAAAAAUGAUGAGCUACGAGGUAGAGCAGCAUUUCUACAGACACUUGGUCCCACUGCUGGACGAAGAUGUUGGUGUUGCCAAAUGCCUGGCCUCGACUAAAGGCAUGGACGGCCAGGAGGGUGAGCAAGAACUUAAAGGUCUCAUGGCCACCAUCAUGGUCGAUUUGCGUGAAAGAUUCCCAGUCGCAGGCGAGAAACGGAGUUUGCUGGACAGUACACAAGUCCAUGGGGCAAUAGACUGGCUAGCCCGCUUCCAUGGUCGUACACGGGAUCUGCCACAAAACGGCCUUGACAUUGGUAACCACGUCUUGCCACCCCUUGAAGAAUCAAUAAAAAGACAAAGCGCAGCCAAGAAUAUUGGCAACGGGCUGUGGCUCAAUGGAGGGUACACGUACCUCGCGACACGGCGCAAAGAGUACAAUUCUCUUGUCGAGGACACCGACUCAGAGUGGUCAGGAGCGCUGUGCGAACCUUUCGAAGGAUCAUCACUAUCUGUGGCUGAGAUCGCUGCGUCGUUCUUAACACCAUCUGGAAGGCCGAUUGAAUCGUACAUUCAUGGCGACGUCAAGUCAGAGAAUCUCUUCACGAACCUUACUGGAGAUAAGGUGGCGUUCUUUGACUUUCAGUAUGUUGGGCUGGGCCUUGGUGUCUGUGACCUCGCCAAACUGUUUACAUGCUCGGUUCCUCUGCAUAUGCUGGUUGAUGAUAUUGAAUAUUUGCCAGAGGAGCUGUUGAUGUGUGAUGGCGAGAGGCGGCUGCUCGAGUAUUACCGUAAGAGACUCAUCCCGGAUGGCGAGGCGGAUGCAUAUGACUGGUAUUCGUUCACACGACACUGGGAGACGGCCCUAGUGGAUUGGUGCCGGUUUCAAGCCUCGUGGGGCUUCUGGGGAAACACCGAGUGGCUUGAGGCCCGUGUAAGGUCGAUUUUGGGUGACAAGGAAUGGAGAACCUGGAUUCGUCAGAAUGUCAGCAGUGAGAACAAUAGACGAUAA